GGUGGGUAGACAAACAGCGCGUGGAGACCGAGUACGUACGUAUAUAUAUUAGCCUAGAGGCACAGACGUUAGAGCUUUUAUUCGGGCGUGCGAACACAGGCUGGGGAGCUAUUAAGACAGACAAUUAGGUGAUCAGUGUGUGUUUAAGAUACGACUUUUGAAGAUGUCGAACCUGGAGAUGCGAGCAGCAGAACAUCUAUCUAUCCGGCUUCUCCGGAAUCCGGGAGAGUCCUGGGGGUUCCGACUUCAGGGUGGGGUGGAUUUCAGUACCCCGCUCUCUAUACAAGUGGUCCAGCCAAACAGUGUGGCUGAGAGGUGUGGACUGCAGGCUGGGGAUGCUAUCCUCAAGAUAAACAACAUGCCUGCUGACACACUGGCUCAUGAUGAUGCUAAGGCUGAGAUCAUCCGAUCGGGCGAUGAAAUACAUGUAUAUGUGGCACGAGGUGCAGUUAAAAUCUGGAAACCUCAGGUCACCCCUCUGUCAGAACUCCGCCCCACAGAGCUCCGUAAGGUUACCACGGCAACAGGGGAAGAAAUCAUGCCCAUGCAGAAGACAUCUCUAGUCAUCAACAAACCCCAAGAUGAACCUCUGAAUAUUGGCAGCAGUCACAACCGCUCAGCCCAGCCAUUUGGUAUGAGCAAGCAAGCUAACCCCACCCUCACCCACUCCCAGUACAACAGUCCCAUGGGUUUGUAUACAGCGGAGAAUAUCGCUCAGACGUACUCAAAUACCGCCCGAGGGGUGGCUGAUCAGAUGCAAGGGUUGGACUUGGAUGAUAAGAAUGUUGGCACAAAAAUGUCUGGCACAUAUCAGGUGUUAGGGGAAGGAGGGACGGAAGUGGGUUCAAGCUAUGGGCAACAACCAGGUGACAACGACCAACAACAAACCCCCUCACCAUCUUCCCAGAAUGCAUCACCUCCUCCCCAGAAUGUUUCACGUCCUUCCCAGAAUGAAUUGGAACCACCUUCCACGGAAUCGCUGUACCCUGUGACUGACAUUAGCCCUAACUCUGGUGUUAACAGAUUGGGGUUUUCUACUAACUCGCAUGCACAGUCUCGAUCAUUUAGAAAGAUACAGGAUGAGUUGUCUGAAGAAAGUGGCUUCCGCUCUGUGAAAGCGCCCCAAUAUGACCCGUCCGUUAAGAAGCAGGAGAAGCAACAGUUGAUGAGGUGUGGUGGUUGUGAUAUGCUGGUGACUGGUGUUUGUGUCCGAGCCUCUGGUGUCCCUUACCAUGUCCAGUGCUUUAAAUGCACGUCAUGCGGAAUGAACCUGAAACAGAAAGGAUUUUUUGUUGUGGAAGGCAAGCUGUAUUGUGAAACUCAUGCCAAACGUGUGGCACAACCUCCGUCGGAAAACCUUGUGGCUACUGCUGUCUACAGGUAAAUGUCUGCAGCAAACCCCAGAAAUCUGAGACACAUGUUUGACAGUGUAUCAGAUGACAGAUAAUUCCAUCCUCAUGCUGGGAUCUUUGAUCAGAUUGUUCAAGAUAGAUGCCAAAGAAUGACUGUAUAACCACAACAACUGUGAGACAUAAAAGUUUCAUAUAUGGACUCUGCAGUUGAUUCAGAAUUUGAGUAUUCAAUUCAAACUUUCUGUGCAUUAAUUUAUGUUCUCUUCAGAUUCUUGACUUUCAGUACUGACUUAAUUGUGGCAUAAUAACACUUUUGAAAUGAGUCUCUUAUUUUUUCAGGAUGCAUUUUUGCAACAGUUUGUCUCAGUGUUGUAUCUGAUAUUCUGGAUGCAUAUUUUUCUGAGUUUACUCCAUGUUUUGUUGUUUCCUGUGUUAACUUGCCUCAAACUUUGACGACAAAAUUUGGAUUUGGUGACAUUUCUUUUCUUCAUUUUUUUUUAAAACAAGCCGUUUAUAUAUUUGUUUCCAGUUCACACUUUUCAAACCUUUUUCACAUACAUGUCAUAAAUUAAUUAUGUCUUUUUUCUAUGUUCUAGUGAAUAUGGUAGAAUGAUAGGUGCUCUGGCAUAAUUCUUUUUUUGGUAAAGGUAUACAUUUUGUUAUCAGUGUUUUUUAAAUUGUUUUUGUAAGGUUGAAAUUCUCUGUCACUCAAUGCUACAUGGACCUAAAUGGACAAGUAGAAAUGUUUUUGUUUUUAGUGAGGUUGUAUUUUUGUACAGUGUGACUUAAGUUGAAAUUUUGCCGUAUAUGUGCAAUUGACAUUGACUAGAUUUAUUUUCUGAUGUCUGUAUUUAAUGUCUGCCAUGUGGACAAACACAGUUAUUCGUAUAAUAGUUGAAAACCACAUGAUUACUCAUAUUUCUUAUGUUGUAAAAGUUAAUCUCACAAGUUAUUCUGUGUUUUUUAAAGAUGUACUAAUUUCUGUGCAGUGUUUCCUUUUACAAGAUGAUUGACAGAUAGGUUUAGAAGUAGGGAGUUGGAUGACGAGAACAGAAAAGGAGCCAUUCCUUUCAAAAAGUAUUGUGGUGAAUUAGGUUUUUAUUUUGAUUGUAGCUAUUUUAUUCAUGACUCAUGAUGUGAAUACCGUGGAAAUCACAUGGUUUCACACAGGGCUCUAAAUUUAGUAUAGACAUGGGAAUUAGUAUAAUUCACAUGGGAAUAAACUACAUAUUCUUCCAACUUUUACUGUUGGAACUGAGUAAAACAGAUUUCUAAUUUCUGAAGCAACCAUCUGAAUAUACUAGUUACAAGUCACACUUCCGGAGUUUUGCAGAUAAAACGCUGUUAAAUGCGUCAUACUCACUUCUAGUUCAGUGAUGUUAAGGGUGUGGCCUACAGAUAUAUUACCGUGCACUAAAACUUAUGUCUCCUGAGUUUGAAGAAGAUCUGAGCGAAAGCUGGGGUGAAGAAGAACCAUGCUGCUGUAGUUUGCUUACACGGUGCAAGAUUUGUGGUGCAAUCAUAUGGUAAGGAGGACAGAAUUGUGUAUGCCCAUCAUCAAUUUGCUAUCAACAUCUGUGCUAUAAUGGAAGAAAUCAGUGCGAAAUCAGUUUUGUGUGAGACAAAUGGUGCAAGUAUGAUAUUUGUUGUUUUUUAACAAAUUCUACACAUGCUGUUGUUCACAUAAAAUAGCUAGAUAUUAUUGCUGUAGCAUCUCUUACUGGUUGUACGAAGAGGGUCGUUAGUGUUGUUUGUGGUGUGCAGUUGAUCUGUUACAUUAUUGGUAUUAAUAAGAACAUCAUAUUCUGUGGAACACAGUAUGGUUAGUGAUAGAAUUCUUGUUUCAUUGUUGGUAAGAUUUAGAAACAUCUGUUUCGACUAGGGAGGGUCCUUGUGAUAGGUGCAUAUUAUAAGAUGUGUUCAGAGUUAAUACUGUAAUCCAUUUUACACAUUCAUUAAAAACACAGUUUUAUUGUCAGUGAUUCCAGAAUAUAUACAUUCACAAUACUGGUAGAAUGUAUGCGUGCAAAAAAGUGAUGCAAAAAAAGUGAUAAUUAAAGAAAGCAGAAAUACCCUUUCCAAGGCAUAGUUGAAGAAGUGUGGCAUAUUCCAGCAUAAUGGCUUUUAAAAUUGGAAAAAUGCUUAUAGUGGUGUUGUCAUGGAAAAUAUUUCAACAAGCUUUGUUAUAAAUUUAUUUGUACCUUUUCCAAAUUGUUUUUGUCACCCUUUAUAUUGUGUUAUUUUAUUUCUAAUUAUAAAAAUUGUCAUACU